AUGGAUCGAAAAGUGAUUAGAAGCGAUUGGAGUAUGGUUGAUGCGUUGAAUGGCAGAAACUACAGAGAGGUUGAUUGGAGUAUGAUCAAUUUAUUGUUUGACAGCAGCAAAAGCAAAAGAAGCAUUAACAGGAGAGCCAUCGGCGCUCUAGAUGCACAAAUAAGAGAUACAACAUGGAAGCUAGAAGAUGUGAUUCAAUCUCAUGUCCUGUCUUUCCCUCUCUUCCACCCUCUGGGGGAUAUCUUUUCGUUCCUGGAGAUUGAGAGCGGGCUAAUAAACGAGUACAUCAUAGAGCUAGAGGAGCAUAACAAAAACAGUGACACCAUGGAGCAAGAGAUCCAUUCCUUCUCAAAAACAGUGAAUAUGCUGGAAAAGGAGUACAUCGCAGAGCUGUGUACCCCGUUGCAUAGAGAAGAAGAUGAAACAGUUGUUUUGCCAGCAGACAAAUUUGGUGGGGAAAACUCAAUAGUCAUAGGGCUAUUCGACCAAAUCGAACAGAUCAGAAAUGAGCUUCUAGAUUUACAGUCUGGAAACCAAGUUGUGUCACUUUUUGGAAUGGCCGGCAUCGGUAAGACACGACUUGCUAGAGAAAUCUAUCAAGAUCAGAUCACUGUUCAACAUUUUGAUUACACAGCGUGGCUGAGCAUCGGCCCAAGCAAUGAAAUGGGAGAUAUAUUGGCGGAUAUUGUUUCUCAGAUAGAGCGUAAGCCUAUAGAUGUGUACAUCGAAGAGGAUAGAUAUACUUUAGCUAUGUUUCUACAAAGAUGUUUGCAGGGGCGAAGGUUUUUGAUCGUGUUGGAUGAUAUAUGGAGCAUAGAGGUUUGCGAUUACUUGAUAGGGUGGCUUCCAAUCCACGGAAAUGGGAAGGUCUUACUGACAACAAGGCUAGAAGAAGUAGCUAUUUGUCAAAAUGCUAGCUUCCACCAGGUGCCGUUUUUGGACCAUGAAGAUAGUUGGAAUCUACUCUGGAGAAAUGUAUUUGGUGGUGAGUCUUUCCCUCCUCAACUCGAGAAAGUUGGGAGGAAGAUUGCCGAGCUCUGUGAAGGUCUUCCUCUUCUGAUACUCGCGGUUGCCAGCAUCCUAUGCGAAUUUGAGAAAACUGAAGAAUACUGGAACAAGGUAGUAGUCAAGCAAACUACUACUUUUACAGAUGCGUAUGAGAUGAUUUACAAGGUGCUAAUUUCCAGCUACGAGUACUUGCCUCAACAUUUGAAACCAUACUUUCUCUACAUGGGAGUUUUCCCUCAGCGUUGUGUGAUUCGUCUCUCCAAGCUCAUUGACUUGUGGUUUGUUGAGGAUCUUUUUGUACCACGGGUUAAAGAUUCAGAAGAUUUUGCUAGGGGAUGUAUGAAGGGGCUUGUGUCCAACAGUCUUGCUAUCAUCUGCAAGCAGAGCUACAAUAAUACUAUAAUCAAAUCUUGCAAGCUACAUUCUGCAUAUUGGCACUUGUGCAUUAAAGAAGCUAAGAGGAUCAAGUUUUUACUUGUCUUAAACAAGUUAGCUGAUGCUUCCGAAGACUAUCUUGAAAGCCAGCGACGUCUGGCCGUCCAAAACAACGUUUUAUUUGGCAUAAAAGAGGCAUAUGACUGUAUGCCAGCUGCAUCAACGGCACGUUCUCUCCUGUGCACGGGUGAAGAUCAUCAAUACCCGGUGCCGCUAUGUUUGAAUCUUACACUGCUGAAGGUGUUGGAUGCUCUUUCAGUUCGUCUCUACGAGUUCCCCGAAGAGGUCAUGAAGCUGUUGCUGUUAAGGUACCUCUCCCUCACUCAUAAUGGGAAAGUCCCUUCUUCCAUAUCGAAGCUCCAAAACCUGCAGUUCCUGAUUCUCAGCCAACAUCACAACAUUAAAUUUCUAAAAGAUUCAAUGCAAGAACAGAGCAGCAACCAACUGCUUAGGGAUUCAACUUGUUUACCAAAUGAAAUCUGGGAUAUGCAACAGUUGAAGCAUCUCCGCAUCCCGAAACACAAACUACCAGAUCCAAGCAACGGUACAAACCUACCAAACCUCUUUACACUCUACGUGAAUGCUCAUAGCUGCACCGACGAUGUUUUCAAAAGCAUCCCCAAUUUGAAGAAAUUAGGGAUUUCAAUUGAUUUACUGCCCGACGGUGCUGAAACCCUAAGCUUGGAGAACAUCGGGAUUCUCAAUCAAUUAGUCUGA